UAACUAUUCUCAAAAUCUGUAAGAGAUAAUUGAAAUGAAUUUUAAUAGAAGUUGUUUCUUUCCCAAAGUUCUAUCCAACGAUACCCUACUCGAUCCAUGUUUCUAUUUGAAAUUUCAAAACUAUGAUCCCAGUUACACUUACUUCUGGUUUAUCCCAAAAAAUAGUACCAUCACCAAUGAUUAUUUGCGCGCCCAUUAGUAAUGAAAUUUUUUUUCUAACUUACUGUAACGUCAUAUUUUUGAGAAAAUAGCUAGCGUAUGGAUGCUCUCUGGAUUACCCUGUAUAAUCGUCACGAGGUCAUGAGGUCACGUUAUAGCAAAAUUCUUAAAUCAAGUUGCCAAAUCAAGUGCAAAGUGCAAGGUAACUAACAAUAUAAAAAAGCGUUAAAUGACUGUACGUGUUAGACGAUUUUGUACAAUUGGUUCGUCAGGUGCGGCAGCUCUGCAAUAUAAGGAAACGUAUAGUAGUUAAACGGAUAUUUUGUUGUAUAACAAAAGUAGCGAUUUAUAAGAUCGACACAGUACAAUUGUCCAUCAUGGAUCUCUUACAUGACAUAUCUUGUUACUGGACGAAACAGCUCGAUCCACGAGUAGCCGAUCUACCGCUAGUCAGUUCUUCCUAUCAAAUACCACUUGUAGUAUUUGGAUAUUUGUACUUCGUGCUUGGCUGUGGGCCUCGGUUCAUGAAGAACAGGCCGCCAUACUCAUUAACGACGUUCAUGAAGUUGUACAAUAUUGGCCAAAUAUUAGCAAAUGUGUGGUUAAUAUAUGACAUUAUUGACGCUGGUUUAUUCUCAACCCAUUUAUUUGUGUGUCCUAUAUUUGAUUAUUCCUACAAUUAUACUCCAAUGAGGUUAACUAGGUGCGCAUGGUACUUCUUUCUUUUAAAAAUAUUUGACUACGUCGAGACGAUCGUAUUUGUAUUAAGGAAAAAGGAUAAUCAGAUA